UUGACGCCGCUGCUUGUUUCUGCAUGUUGAAUUUGAAGUAAAACGUUCAGAGUUAGUAGACAGCUCAUGGAUUAUCAUAAAACAAUCUUAUUUUUUGUUUUAUUUUCACACGCAUGCACUGCCAGCUCUAAAGAUGAGACUCCUCUGAAGCAAUCAUUUCGUGAUUCUCAACACCAUGAAGAGAUCAAAUGUUCCUUACCGCAAAAUUGCCAAUAUAUGGAAAAUAUGUUUCGUCAUUCUCCAGACCUCAAAAGGACAAAAUGUGUCUUACCCGAAGAAUGCCGUGAUCAAUACCCAGACAGUUUUUUUAUAAUAAUUGUGGCAGAAGAUGAAUGGAUGGAGGCACCCAUUAUCCAACAAUUUCCCAACUCUACACUGAGCAAUUCUUCAAUUCAUCAACAACAGCACAAUUAUUCAUUUUCAAUCUCACGUGAUGCUGUUGAGUUCCUCAAGGGCUUAACUGCCACCCGCUUCAUGCCGUCCUUCUACAUCAUCAUCAUCCUCAUCAGUUUGCCUCUGAACGCUUUGGCUUUGGUGACGUUCACCUGCAGGAUCAGAGAAAAGAAACCAGCUGUGAUCUACAUGUCUCACCUGGCGUGUGUGGAUCUGCUCUUCGCCCUGCUGCUGCCUCUGAAGAUCCACUACCAGCUGAACGCUUCUGAUUGGCUGUUUGGUGAGGCGGCGUGUCGUGUGCUCACUGCAGCUUAUUACUGCUACAUGUACUGCUCCAUACUGCUGAUGAUGUGCAUGAGUGUGGACAGACUGUUGGGUGUUGCGCUUCCCAUUGCUUCUUUAACCUGGAGGAGCACAAGGAAAGCCUCAUGCGUGUGUGUGCUGGUCUGGCUGCUGGCGCUCGCUGGUACUGUGCCACUGCUCUCAAUGAGACAAACAUUUCCCAUUAAAAAUGUGGGCAUGACCUGCCAUGACGCGCUGCUGCAAGACCCAUCAGGACAUCUUUACCUGAACCUGUUCUUCAUCCUCUCUUGCCUGUAUUUCUUUGUGCCGCUGGUCAUCACUUUAGUGAGCUACUCCAUCAUCAUAUAUGUGCUCAGAGCAAAGCCUGACUCGUUGGCAUCUUUGUUCAACUUAAGAAAAGCUGUGAUUAUGUUUAUUUCAGUGCUGAGUGAGUUUGUUGUGUGUUUUGGUCCAACCAACGGCAUUUUAUUGUAUCACUGCUUUCGUUUAGCUACUGGAAAAAACAGUGAAGGAGAUCCAUCAUAUGCUGCUUACCUGUUGGCUGUGUGUUUGGGGAGCGCAAGUGUUUUUCUGGACCCUCUUCUGUACUAUUAUUGUUCAUCUCAUUACAGACAGAUCAUCAAGUCUGUGCUGAGAAGGGCAAAAGCAGAAGAAGCAACGCCAGCAUAUGAAACAGUGGUUCUGAAAUGAGUCGACAGCUAUAAGAUGGUUUCUCCCACAGUCUAAAGACAUGCGCUAUAGGUGAAUUGGAUUACCUAAAUUGGCCAUAGUGUGUGAGUGAAGUGUGAAUGCGAGAGUGUAUGGGUGUUUCCCAGUACUGGGUUGCAGCUGGAAGGGCAUCCAUUGGAUAAGUUGGAGGUUAAUUCCGCUGUGAUGACCCCUGACACAUCAGGGACUAAGCCGAAUUCAGAUAUGCUGAUGGGAAUUUAGUGCUGUAAGUUGUAGACUUGUAAUUAUAAAAACCAACCAACAUAGCAGGGUUAACUUUAGGGUUUAACACGAAUAACUUUUCAAAUUAAUCGACUGAGAAACAUCAGGAAAUGUGGCGAUGUGAAAUGUAUAUGACCAAAUUAAAAGUGUUUUACUUUGAACUUUACUUUCUUGGGGUUUUGUUCACGAUUGAGGGAGGAAUGGAACGUGAAGUUUACAUGCGGAUUGGUGCAGCGGCAGCAUUAAUGCGGUCCAUUGUGGUUAAGAAUGGGCUGAGCCGAAAAGCAAAGCUCUCGAUUUACCAGUCAAUCUCUGUUCCUACUCUCACCUAUGCUCAUGAGCUUUAGGUCAUGACCGAAAGGACAAGAUCUCUGAUACAAGCGGCCUAAAUUAGUUUCCUUCACAGAGAGGCAGGGCGCACCUUUAUUAAUAGGGUGAGGAGCUCUGUCACCUGGGAGGAGCUCGGAGUAGAGCCACUGCUCCUCCACAUCGAGAGAAGUCAGCUGAGGUGGUUUGGCAUCUGUUUUGGAUGCCUUCUGGAUGGCUACCUAGGGAGGUGUUCCAGGCAUGUCUCGGUGAAGACCCAGGACACGCUGGAGGGACUAUGUCAUUCGGCUGGCCUGGGAAUGCCUCAGGAUCCCCCUGGAGAAGCUGGAGGAAGUGUCUGGGAAGAGAGAAGUCUGGGGUUCUCUCCUAAGACUGCUGCCCCUGCGACCCGGCCCCAGACAAGCGGAUGAAAAUGAGAUGUAAUGAGACUUUGGGCUUUACAUUGAUUAUUACCAUUACAAACAUUGCGUGUUUGGCACAAAUUACAUCUCAAGGGACAAUAGCAUUUCUAUAAGUAUAAUGUUAAUAUAAAGUCCAAACUCAUGAUUUUGAGUAGCUUAUGUUUUCCUUUGUUGCUUUUUUAAUAAAUGUAUGGUUUGAUGGGCAACACGGUGGUUCAGUGGUUAGCCCUGUCGCCUCACAGCAAAAAGGUUGCUGGUUUGAGUCCCGGCUAGGCCAGUUGGGAUUUCUGUGUGGAGUUUGCAUGUUCUCCCCAUGUUGGUGUGGGUUUCCUCCAGAUUCUCCGGUUUUCCCCAGAGUCCGAAGACAUGUGGUACAGGUGAAUUGAACUUAACUGGCUGUAGUGUAUGAGUGUGUGAAUGUGAGAGUGUACGGGUGUUUCCCAGUACUGGCUUACGGCUGAAAGGGCAUUAAUUGGGGUUCAUUCCACUGUGGCGACCCCAGAUAAAUAAGAGACUAAGUUGAAGAAAAAUGAAUGAAUGAUUGUAUAUUUUGCAGUUAAAAUUCUAAGGCUUAUACUGUUUAUCUUACUAAAAGCAGAAGAAACAUGUGCAGGUUGUCAAGUCAUAGAUGUCUUGUGCAAUAUUUAGAUACGUUUUACUUCUCUGUUUAAUCUUAAACAUCUUGCAAGGGUUUAUUUCACCUUUUUCAUUUUAUUAUUAUUGUUUACACUCUCUCUCUGGGUCUUUGAGGCUUCUAUGAUGCAUUAUGAGUACUUUAUACG